AUGUUACAUCACUUUGAACCUAUAAAAGGCAUCAAAUACAUAAAAGAGGAAUUGCAUUUCAAGCAGAAUCCUUUGGUUGUUGUGUUGAGUCCACAUGGAAAGAUUAUACAUCAGAAUGCAUUCCAUAGGAUUCAAGUUUGGGGAGUAAAGGGAUUCCCUUUCUCCAAAUCCAAAGAAGAAUCAUUGACCCAAGAAUUAAUGUGGGUUGAUUCCCUGCUUGUUGACAUUGAUAUAAAGAUUAAAUGGGAGGAAAAAUCUGUCAUCAUUUAUGGAGGCAAAGAUAAGGAAUGGAUUCAAGAAUUCACUAAGUAUGCUGGUGCCCUAGCAAAUGACACUGCUAUUAAGCAGGCAAAGACUUCAAUAGACCUGUUUUGCUUGGAGUCUCAACAGCCAAAUGUGGUUAACAACUUUUGGAAAAAGGGACUACAGAAUGUGACUUCAGUUGGUCAUGGGACUACAGUUUUUAAAACAGUGGCAGAGUUUGACAAAUGGAAGGAUGUGUUUAUCAACAAAGGCUUUGAAUUUGCAUUUAGACAACAUCAUCACAAGGUUGCUAGUACCUUUCAUCUCUGCUCCCACCUUGAGAUUCCUAAUGUUGCUGGAAAAAUCCCAGACUUUAUUGAGUGUCCAGAUUGUCACCGCACAAUGGAAGUGUUUAUUAGCUACACGUGUUGCCAUAAUGGGGAUAAGGUUAAUGGUGAGCAUUAG